AUGAAGGGUCUGCAAAAGUUGAUUGAUGUUCGGUGGUGCGUAUUGCUGAGUGCACCCGAAAGAACUCGAAACGUUCUCUGCCCACGAGAUGAGUCACCGUCGGUGCUCACCUUCAUGAGCGACUCCGCCCACGGUCACUUUCCCAUACUCACGAUUUUUCCGUAUUUCAUUGCCAGGAUGUCACCCUCAACGGAUGUCUCGUCCGCUCCACAGAAUAUUAACGGAUCGACAGCUGAGGAAAAAACCGCUUGUUUUCAGCUAAUCCGAGAAGGUGUGUCACUUUUCAUCAUCAAGUACAGCGAUGAUAAAGAUGACUUGUACCGCUCAUUCAUGAAGAAACUUGACGAACUAAAUAUUCCAAAACGAAGCAUGUAUCAUAUAAAUCACAGAGGAGAGCACUAUGAAAUCGACGACGCUGACGCAUUGUUUAGACACGCCAAGAAAAAUUACGUCAUGAUGGUUUACGUCCGCGCAAAAGGUAAAAGUGAAGAUUCGUCGUCAGAUCGCAUCGAAUUGGGCCAAGAGUCGCUUGAACGAAAACGGUUGACCAUGGAUCAGAAAUGGAUCUCAAAAAGCCGUUCGCACAAAAAAAACAAUUUCUGUGAUCCAUAUUAUUCUUGCAGGUACCAGUGCCAUUUUCCAGGAUUCUCAUAUGGACACUCACCCUACUCUCAUUCUUGUUACGAACGGUUCCCGCACGCCUACCACAAUCAUCCGACACCAUUCUGCCCCUUUAUGCCGUUCUAUCACUGCCCAUAUCCGCGACUACAGCGUUGUCCGUUCUUCGGAAUGAGGUGUGUUCUCAGUGGUCAUCCAAGCAACGAUUGGCCCGACGGUUACUAUAGCUAA